UGUCUAUGGCUACAGUCCUGCGUAUGGUGGGAUACGGUGUGCAGGUGGCGUAGCAGCUUGCGGGUGGCAGUUAGCACACAUGGCCGUCAACCACCGCUUGCAUACAGUUACUUACUAUCCGAUUAUUGCAUACGAGCCUCCUAUGCAACGGCUCGUAUGCAAAUCGUGGAAAUUGUCUUUGUCUUCCGAACUGAGCUACUUUGCACAGGAAAUUCUACGUAUAUAACGCAAUGUACACUGUACUGGUAUUCAUGAUAAUUUUUAAUUAUUGUUGUAUACUUACACAGUAUUGUGCACUUGUUGAGUGUGUGUAGUAUUGUACUUUUGGUUACCGUAUACUAUUCCUCAUCUGCACAAUGUUUCGCUCUCCUAUCUAUACUACGAUUAACAUGUUCGCGUACUUGGCUGACCAGCCCGACGACGCCAAGACCAUCAUCCUCGAUGAAUUUCCUUUUAGCGAUUUCCUCGACGUGCCGCUCUUGCGCUUUACGAAUCUGCGUUGCCUGUCGGCCAAUUUUUGUGGAGUGAAGUCGGUCCUUGGACUGCCACCGCUGCCCCACCUGACCCAACUGCAGCUCAACGACAACCAGCUGGGAUACAACCCGGACACACCCAAUUUCGAGUUGCUGGCAACCGCGACACCGAACCUGAAGCGGCUCACUUUGGCGAACAACGGGAUCACCAGCCACGACAUUCUGAAGCCUUUGAAAGACUUGCCGGCCCUUUACGCGGUGGACCUUGGCUACAACAGCGUGAACCGCACCCACUACCGCCAGCUCAUCGAUGCCGUGCCGCAGGUUAUGCACUGGGAUGAAGACGGUGGAGAGACCGACUGCGACAGCGAUGAAGAAAUGGAAGGGUCGGACAAAGGCGACGGGGAUGAAGAGGAUGACGAUGCGUCGAUGGCCGAUUCAGACCGCACUUGGUUGUUGUCGGAUGAUGACGACGUGGACGUGAUCCCAGAUUCGGCAUCCGAAUCGGACAUGGACGAAGACGAUGACGACGCCAUCCGAGAUUCGGCAUCCGAAUCGGACAUGGACGCCAGCAGUCACCAGGACGAAGACGCUGACGACGUCAUUAUGUUGAAUUAG